CGUUUCGUUUAAUAAGGUACAGUAUUAGAGAUUUAAAUGGCUAGUGAAGAUAAGUUGAUGAUUGAAAUGGUCUAUAUAUAUUUUUUCAACAAAUGUAAAAGUUGGUGAAUUAAAUGACAGUUUUCCUUUUUUUUUUUUAAUAUUGUCUUUUUCCAUUUUUUUUUUAAUAUUGUCUUUUUCCAUUUUUUUUUCUUGACGGAGAAGUGAAGCAAAAUAAAAAUUAUAAAUAGGGUUUGAGAGAUAGUUAGGGCAUUAAGCUAAAAAGGUGAAAGGGAUCAGUGAAGACAAAACAAAACUGAUAGGGAAACGGAGCGAAGCCAGCGAGCAAGAUGCCCAGAACUACACGCAGCUCGGUACAACAAAGGCUCCAAUGCAUACAAGUUAUCGAAGAAUUGCAGGAGGAGCUCAAGUUGUUACAGAUUCCCAACGAGAAACUGAAUGGUGAGGGGCUCAAUGGUCUGAGCUACUCUGAGCUAUUUUCAAUUGAAAACAUGCUAAACCAGGGUUUAGUCGUUGUGGAAGAACAAACCGACAAGGCCUAUUAUGACUUCGCAACCAUGCAGAUUGUGGAGAGCGAUGUUAUGGGGAUGGAUUGGACUGACAAACUCGAGAAAGAGGAUUUGGCCUAUCAAGCGCGUCUGUCAAGAAGAAGAACAGCUGUGAGGAACAAGUCUAGAGAACUCCGCCUCAGCCCUCAAGACAGCCAACAGGAGCAUGGUCAUGACCAUGAAGAACUGGUGAGUAUCGAUAUUCAUUGCCCAUAUUCUCUCACCUCUCAUGUCUUGUCGCCUCUCAUAUAUUGUCUGAUGUUCUUGCAGAUGUUAACCAUCGAGUCUUUGAAGAUCGAGAAGAAGAGAUUGCUGCUUUUGAGCCAACGAAUGAUUGGUAAAGAGCUUGACGGUAUGAGUUACGCUGAGCUGUAUGUGUUGGGCUUUGAUAUAACGCGUGCUCUUAUGAACGUAAUGCAAGAGAUGGACAAGAUAAAACAUGCCGCCCGAGUCAGCAAGGUAGAAAAAUAUAUAUUUUAUCCACUGUUGAUUCUGAAUUGUUAAAGUUAUCUUUCUUCUUUUGCUGACAUAUUUUUCUUGUUCACCAAGGAAUCAAUCUCCCCGGGACAGAUAUGAUCAUCUCACCAUGGCUCGUGACUUUAGGUAGCAACAUCAUGGAAUCGUUUUUUUUUUAAUAUAUAGUCUUGUGGACUAUCUACUUGGAUAAUUUUAUGGUGGUUCUAACUUUGUGUUAAUAAUCUAUGUCUCUCUCAUCUCUGGUGAUUAUGAUUAAACUAAGACAUGGUUUUGCUAGAUUCUAUCUAAAAUCCAUGUUAGGCUCCACUGCUCCAGUUUUCAGUUGAGUUGCACCUACGAUUAUAUAUGUGCAAAAAAUCAAUAGAAAAGCAAGUAUAUCCUUUUUCGUCUCAUAAAAGAACACACCCAAACCAUAAAUAUCAAAAAUGGUACCAGUUCGCUUUGUCAUCCAUUGGUAGAACCACUUGGUAUGGUUGUGGAAUCUUUACUCCCAUUUGUAGUUGGGAAAAGAUAUCAACCUACAAGCAUUCAAAUGAGUUUGCAUCCUUGAUGAAGAACAUGAGAAACAGAGACCAUACAGAUAACCUUUGGAUACGAUUUAGUAAUGUGGUUAGAGGUCGUUAAGACCAAUGGUGGAAGUUUUUUUUAUCACCAAUUUUCUUGAAAGUCGACCCAACCUCUUGCUGCAACUGAACAUCAGCAGAAUUAGCAGCAAUACCAUAAAUAUUUUUUGUGCCAAUAAUGUGUCCUAAAGCAUACAACACAGUGUGAUCGAUCGUAUCAAGAAUUUAACAGCUACGUAAGUUGUGCCAAUAUUGUGUUCUAAAAACUUUCAUGGAAAUUUUACCUUUGUAAGUUUAGUAAGGCAUUUAACUACCAAAUCAGAGAACUUCUGAUUCCGGACACCAUAAACAAAGACGGGCUUGACCAAAGUCAUUUGAAACAUUUUAUUGGCCCCCUAUUACGGGGGAUCCUCAUUUAAAUUUUUAUAUAUAUAUAUAUAUUGUUAUUAGGUGAUUUUUCCGUGUUUAUGCACAUGAGUAAAUAUUUACAAAAUAAUGUAAAUUAUAAUAUGACAAGUAUUUGUUUUUGGUUGUUUAUAAGUUUUAAGUAAUUUUGUAAUUUGUAUGUAUGAUAAAUAAAAAAUUGUACUAAAUAUCUUUGUAUUCUCAUCUUAAUUAGAUAAGUGAUUUCAAGUAUUAUAUUUUGUAUUGUUAAGUAUUCAUUUUUGUAUGCCGAGUUUCUCAUCUAUUUUCUUAAAUUGAAGAUGAUUUUUUUUAGUUAGGCUAAAUUUGGCUUAUUAAUAUCCUUUUAUAUUUUAAAUAUAUUUUAUAAAUUUUUGUAUAGUUUGAUAUAUUUUUCUGGAAAAUAAACCUGACCUGUUCCGAACCCAAACUUGAUGGAAUAUCCAAAAUACCCAAAUCUUCUAUUAUAUAUUAUGUAUAUAUGAGUAUUUCAAUAUAUUUUUGGUAUUAGGGAUAUUUUUAAAAGUUUCAGAUUUUGAGUUUUCGGAUAUAGUUUUGGGUUUUGGGUAAAAUUUUAGAUUUUUAAAAUAUAAUUCAGGUAUUCAGAUAAAAUUUCGGGUAUUUUUUAUGUCUUCCCGUCAGAUUUUUAGGUAAAAUUUUGGAUAUUUUCAGCCAUUUAAAGUAUCUUCAUGCUUUUUUGUCUUUUGAAUAUUUUUUGGGCCGGACCCGAACCGAACCCAAACCUGGAUCCGAACUGAAUCUGACAUGGAUCCGAACCCGACCCUAACCCCGACCCUAACCGACAAAUUUUAGUUACUUUAUUAGAUCAGACACUAAUUGAUCCGGACCCGAAUCAACAAUUCUAAUUACUUUAUUGAGUCUAACUAAGAUCCAAAAGAUCCGAACUUUUGACAAGACCAGAUCUGAGCCCGACCCGAGACCCAGAUGCUCAGCCCUAAUAAACAUCGUUACUUUUUAUGUUUGGGCAAUGGCAUGGACCCGCACUUCGUGAAGAAUAUGGGCCGAGUACGUUGGCCCAUUCUCCAAUAAUUAUGAAUAUAUUCGUUGGUCUUCUAGAUUCUUCUGCGGUUAGUCUAAACUCCAAAGCCCUUCUUUUUCCUUUCUCCAUUUUUGCCACAGUUCUUCUCUCUACUAGCAAUGAACCCUGAUGGAUUUCCUACCGGCAACCUUUCCACCACAGGUAAGGAGUUCGUUGGUAGAUCCACUGCCGACGACCAGGUUGAGUCUCUCAAGGAGGCUAUGGCUAACAUCAACCUGGCGGAUUUGACUCAGGAAGAGUUGAGGGAUCUUCACAAAAAACUGCUUAGUUUCCAUGAGAAACUAGCUCAGAGGGCUGAGGUUCUUAAGGGAAAAUGAAGGAAGAGCAAGCGAUUAUCAAGAGAUUGAAUCGUUUUUUAUUUAAAUAAGUCUUGUGACUAGUACUUAGAUGACUUGUAUGGUUGGUUCUGACUUUGUGUGUUAAGUAUCUCUGUCUCUCUGGUGAUAUGAUUAAACUAAAGACUUAUGGUUUGCUAGAUUCUAUCUAAAAUCAAUGUUAUGGUGCAAUUUUCAAUUGAGUUGCAACUACAA